GCCGCGGAGGCUCGGUGCCGCCAUGUAACGCGCCCGCCGCUCCCCGCCGCCGCCGCCUCCGCGCCGCUGCCCUGCGCCGCCCGGCCGCCUCCUGCCGCCUCCUGCCGCCCGCCAUGGGGGCCCGGCGCCCGGCCCGGCCAUGAAGGGCGGCGGGGGGGCCCGCUCCCACCUCCUGCCCGCCGCCAGGGGACCGCGACGCCCGGGGACCGGCGGGGCUCCUCCUCGCUUACUGCUAUGGACAGUGCUAUCACCCUGUGGCAGUUCCUCCUCCAACUCCUGCAAGAGCCUCAGAACAAGAAUAUCAUCUCUUGGACCUCCAACGACGGGGAGUUCAAACUGCUGCAGGCAGAGGAGGUGGCCAGACUCUGGGGAAUCCGCAAGAACAAGCCCAGCAUGAACUAUGAUAAACUCAGCCGUGCUCUCAGAUACUAUUAUGUGAAGAAUAUCAUUAAAAAAGUGAAUGGUAAGAAGUUUGUAUACAAGUUUGUUUCUUAUCCGGAGAUUUUAAAUAUGGAUCCACUUGUCGUGGGCCGUAUAGAAGGAGACCCUGAAAUGACUGGUUUUGCGGAAGUUAGCAGUGCUGCAAAGGAUGUGGAAAACUGUGGGAAGGAGAAGUCUCAGUCAUGUGCUAAAUCCUCCAGCCGCAAUGACUAUAUCCACUCAGGCUUGUACUCCUCUUUUACGCUGAACUCCCUGAACUCUUCCAGUGUAAAACUCUUCAGGUCCAUCAAGAUUGAGAAUCCAGCCGAGAAACUGACAGAGAAGAAACCCGCUCAGGAUCCAACACCGUCUGUCAUCAAGUUUGUAACCAUGCCCUCCAAAAAGCCGUCCUCUGUCCCCCUGGUCGCUACCACUUCAACGGUCUCUGCCACUUCCACCGCUUCUGCCCCUUCGGCUGCAUCCUCUCUCUCCAUGGGAUCAGAAGAAACUCUCCAGACCUUGGAGACUCUCGUUCUACCCAAGUUAACUGUCCCUGAAGCUCCAGCACCUUUGCCAAACUUAACCACCAGCUUCACCCCAACUCCGCCUGUAUCCUCGGUUUCUCCCACUCUGCAAGUUCCUUCCACUCCCCCUUCGCCCCCCCUGAGUUCUAAUCCUGACCUGGACAUUGACACGGACAUAGAGUCGGUGGCUUCGCAGCAGCUGGAGCAGGCUCAGAGCCUUCAGCAUCAAUCCCCAGAGCCCAAAGAGCAGGAUUCAUCCGUGCUGGAGAAGGAAUUUGCCAAUCAUCUCUCCAGAUCUAAAAAACCCAAAGGGCUGGAGUUGGCUCCUACUCUUGUCAUUACAGGCAGUGAUCCAAGUCCGUUGGGAAUACUGAGCCCUUCUCUCCCCACCGCUUCUCUUACUCCAGCACUUUUCUCUCAGACUCCCAUCUUGCUGACCCCAAGUCCUUUGCUCUCCAGUAUUCAUUUCUGGAGUACCCUAAGCCCGGUUGCUCCUCUCAGUCCUGCAAGGUUGCAAGGUGCUAACACACUCUUUCAGUUUCCAUCAGUGCUGAACAGUCAUGGCCCAUUUACUCUGUCUGGACUGGAUGGACCCUCUACCCCUGGCCCAUUUUCCCCUGAUCUGCAGAAGACAUAGCACAUGAACUCAUGGAAAGGACAUAUUGGCAAGCAAGGGAAAGAUUAUGACACUUAUAUUUAACCAUGUUUUUUAAACGAGCAAUUUAUAAUUCCACAGAGAUUAUCAAGUCAUAGUUUUUGCCAUUCCCAGAUAAAAUGCCUUUUUUGCAAAAUUCCUGUUUUUUGAAGACCCAGAUUGGGAAUGUAUAUGCAAACGCCUUAAUAGGAGCUGAAGCUCCGGUCUCUUCUCUUCCCUCCUUGGUUUGGAAGACUUCACUAUGGUUAAAGGGAGUUUCAGUUGGUGUUGCAGUAACUGUGUCUGCACUGAUUGCAGUAAAUGGUAUCAGAGAAGUCUUUUCUCUGCGACUCUUGGAAAACCUCUGUUCUUCUGCUUCCUGUGCUUGGCAAGAAGAAAUCUAAUUGCGAUCGAAGCUGGCAUUCCAGGAAAUGCUUGGGAAAGGGGUGUGUGUGCACUCGGCUUUGCCUUGGGGCCUGAUAACUUCUGCAGCGACAAAACAGCCCGCGUCUUAUCUGCUGUACAAACGUCUUGUCUCUUUGCAGGGAGAAAUUUUCAAGGAAUACUCGAUGAUUGCGUUACUCAGAUACGAACAAUUUUUGAAUGGCAUUGUACAAAGACAGUCCAGCCUCUCGGGGAAGUGGCCUGGCUGCCUUCUGGAUGCUUCCUGGCCCUCCCUUCGGUGAGGAGGCAAGGCCUGGGGACAAACGAAUGGUGGGAUUAGUUCCUUUCAGUUCUCAGAAAGUUUGAAUGCUGAAGUCCAAACAUUUCUUGUGCCAGAGACCUGUUCUAAAGCCUGUAAUCUCACUGCUAGAUCAGCAGCGUGAUGGAUUUACGUGAGGUUUGAGGGUGUAUCUGUUACGUGAGGUUGCUGCCUGAUGCGCGAUUAUCAGACCCAAGCUGUGGGUGAGAACGCUAACGUCUGAGCGUUAACGUUACUGCUCUUUUCCCACAGGUGAAGUGGAGAAGCUCCUCUUCUCCCAGCUCUUAUCUCGAGUUUUGCUUUACAUCUAUUGCUUUUUUUAUAUGAGGAAGCACUCAGACCCCAAAAACGUUAGGCUUAGUGCGUAUGGCUAGUUGAGAGAGGUACCGUGGCGUAUCAACCUUACUGUAAAUUUGCGCUUGCUUUUCUUUCCUUGGUGGCCGUGUGUGUGGAUGAAUACAGGAUCAGUUUCCAGAGCCAUUUGAAACACUGACGAAAUGAAAUUUGUAAUUAGAUUUUUAAACCUCAGGAGGCCUUUUAAGAGAACUGAGGAAUGAGACAGGAGGGACUCUCCUCGCACGGCCCCUCAGAGGUUGGAUGUCUUGGUCUGCUGGCACCGAGCUCUGUGCCCUUCCACUUUGGGUCUCUGCUGUCAGGCAGCAACUUCGGUUUGCUACCCACAUACGUGUGGUGAGUUGGUGACAUAAGGAUAAAAAUACCCACUAGAAAACAGAUGGAGACCGUCUCUUUCCUUCGGUAUCCUCACUGCCCGUCUUUGAGGUUUUGAUGAGCAGAGAAAGAUUGUACCUUUACAGCAAGAGGAGCUGGCAGUGUGCUUCCUGCUCUAGUGCACCUGUCUGGUGGGUGAAUGGUGAGCUCUGCCUUCCCAGAGUUUUCCUUUUGCCAGUUUUGUGGACUCUGAAUUCACUUUAAAGCAUACGUAUGACAAUACCCAAGACUUAAUUUACUGCAGUGAUUUUCUCUCUGUAUAUUCUAGCAUUGAAAUAUGUAAACCACUUAGUAUGUUCCCGGUAGGGCACCCUAGCCAUGGGUGGGUGUAAUGGAGUUGCUUUUUGGGCAUUGUUCAUCCAGAAAGUCCUCUGCCUGGUGGGAGAAAAGAGUGUGCCUAUCUUGGGGUGCAGAUAGCAGGGCGCGAGCUCACGUAGCGAACUGUCUUCCUGGCCGUCACGUCAGAGGCACGACACUGCUUCGCGUUUUACACAUCAGCAGAUGCAGGAUAAAGUUCCUGUGCCAGUGGCUCUUAAAAUGACAAUGUGCAAUAUUGACUUUUUUUUUUAAAUGCAGAAAGAAACCUGCAGAUCAUAGUUAAGAGCAGGCAUGUGGAAUUUUCUGGUUUGCAUGAUAGCUUAUAAGUUUGCUCUAGAAAAUAUAUAUAGCUAUAUAUAAAUAGCAGCACUUUUAAUGGUUGUUUUAGGUUGGCCAAUUUUAUGCCCACUGUGUGUGUGGAUUUGAAAGCAACAUUGCAGACUAGGAUUAGAGUUUAAAAAUAACUAAUGAGCACUAAAGACUUGCAAUUUAAUUGCUUCCCUUUCCUUGUCCCCUAUGGAGAAAAGCCAAGUUUUUGUUUAAAAGUUGUGUAUGUGCACACGUGCACUUAUUUUUUUGUAAACUGUAUCACUUUCAGCAUAGGUAUGCAAGAGAACCAAAUGCUAAUGUAGCUUUUCAGUUUUGCUUGGCCUGGUUUCAUGCUCUUCUCCAAGUAGCUGCAUAAGCUUGCACUGCCACAGCUGGUGGCUGAAAUACGUGUUCACCUUCAGGAAUACCUUCUUCAGAGAGUGAAACACAGUCUGAAUGUGUUGGCUUCGAUCUGGUGAUGUCCAGCUUCCUGACGGAUGACUUGAGAAGGUGACUGCUUUUGCUUGGGCACCUGCCUUGGAAAAUAAAGGUCCCACAUAGGAUUAUAAUCUCAGGAGGCAGUUGGAAAAGCAAGACUAGGCAAGGUGAGGUGGGAGAGAAGUUCACUCCUGUUUUCCCCACUGUAACUUUCAGGUCACUUAAAAUAGUAGUGUCUUGUAUAUAUGCUGCCUCAUUAAACGGACAUUUACUAAUAAGUGUAUAACUGCCAGCUUUUUUGGAUCACAUUCCUGACAGCACGGUGUCGCUGUGACAUCCUGGGAGCUUGGUUGUGUGAACUGCUGGUACUCUGCUGGCUCGCUGCAGGAGCAGUUUGCAACUUGGUUUUAGUGUAGGGAAGGUGGGGGUUAAUAUAGGCUCUCUUUUAAUUAUCAUGUUAGCAGUCUGUAGUAUGGGUAUAGUACCGUGUUGGUUUUAAAAAUAGUGCAGCAUUACAGAAACAUUUUAUUACGUUACAAUUCAUGUUGCUGAAGUAACUGUGGUAUUGUCAAAUGCUUGGUAGUAUUUGCAUUGGUUAAUUCAUAGAUGGUGGUAGAAUUAGACUGGAUGAGCAUGGAAGCUGAACAUCUGUCUCGCUUCUGGAAAUCUCUUUUAAAUGUUAUUGCUGCUGUAUAAUAGUACUGCAGAGUUGCAAAGCUUGCGCUGCUGGUGCUGUCUGUGCUACGUCUGUUUUUUUUUUGAGAUCCUGAACCGUCAGGAUGCCACUAGCAACGUGUGCUGCAAGCAGAGACAAUCCGUGGAAAGCAGAAACGUGUUAAUAACAGCCUACGUUCAGAGAACCGUCCCUGUUCUGUCUUACCCAUUUUCAGAGAAUGUGAUCCUAGUAUAUGAGGGUGAUGGAAGAAAGGUUUUUUUGUUAGCAGCUUAAGUCUAGAACCUUGUUUCAGAAAUUGGUCUUCAGCAGUGACAGCUGAAUGUAAUUCCUAUGCACUGUCUUCGGCACAUUCAAAUUGCAUUUUGCAAUAGGUCAGGAGGUGAUGAAAUUCCUCAGAUUGGAGAAUUCGUUGUAUUCACUUAGAGUGUCCUAAGACUUCAGUAUCCGUGCAUCUUUGGUGUAACGGAGUGGGAAUUAAAAUAUGGAAAGCUUUGGCUAUUCAGCAGUUUGUUUGGGAUAGUUUCUCCCUCUAAUAUAUUUUCAAACCUCAGAUAUCCAACAAACAGAUUCUUCUUGGUUUUCAUAGUGUUCAUUUUAACCGCAGUGAAGGCUGCUCAUGUGCAUAUCUUCCUUCACAAGCUUUUCAACACGCCGACCUGUUUAAUGUCAGAUUCUCUCAUGACUUCAACUUCCAUGCGAGAGCUUUUGCAGGUCAAGACCGGAUAAAAGAGCUAGCCUAGCGCAUCGAUGCAGUUUCUCAGGUGAGCACAAGCAGAGUUCUGGUCCACUUCGGUAGCAUUAUUCUAUUGCUGAGUUUGGAACCUACAGUGCUGACAAUCUGUUGGCUACCCAUGGUUUAUUCAUUUAUCUUUUAGUUACUUUUUGCUACUGUUUUAUAGCGUUUUUUGUAUGUACUCAACUUUUACUAUACAAUUUAACCUCUUCCAUUUUUAAUGCAUAUUUGUUUACAAGACACAUCUCAGUGUUGUAUCAAGAGGCUAUCUUGGUAUUGUCAGCUAUGAAAUAAACUACAUCAGUAGUUAAGGAACAUUGUCAAAGUUGACAGGUAUUUUAAAACUUGAUGUUUGAGUUUUGGGUGUCCAUAACAAUUUUGUUCUGUUUUGUUCCUUAGUUCUCCUGUGUAAGAAAUAUUACAUACCGUCUGGCCUCUCGGGUCCUAGGUAUGGAGAGUUUAUUUUGACUUAAAAAUGACGGAGCAUGGUAUUGCAGACAGGCAGCCCGAGCACCACGGGAUCUUACACUCAGCAGCUAAGUUGAAAGUACAUGAAAAUUGUAAUCGUGUUGCUUAGAAGCUAUUUGGGGUGCUUUAAUGAGGUAUAGUAUGUCGUGCCUAAACAGGAAUUUUUAUGGUUUGAUUUGAAUUUAAUUAAACAGUAAUUGGCAAUGGCUGCUGUUUAGUCUGAACAGCGUUAGGAAAUCUGCUUAAUGUGGAAGCCUUUGGCUAUUGCCAUCUAGAUGAGUGGUGGUUAAUAUGUGACAUGCUGGAGUUGAUCUCCUGAAAUCUGAGGCUGUCAGGUGAAGAUUAAAGGGUGAAAUGCAGUGACAGUUGUUUUACACAAUUCUUCAGGGCUAUUACUGCAAUAGACUUUCUUGGAUUGACAUCUGUGAACAUGGCAUUCCACGUAGUUUGAGCGAAUAGCAUUGACUCUGUAGGACCCCUUUAUAAAGCUGGUUCUGGACAGAAAUAUUUCUGAAAAUAGAACCAAAUCUUUUCUCUGUAGCCUGCUUUUAGUCAUAAGGAUGUAAUAUAGGAACUACAAAGCCACAGGAAUGGCGGUGCUGCCAUAUUUCUACUUUGUGUUGAGUGUCAUUAUCAGACCUGCUACCUGUCUUGGUACCGCCUAAAGCAGAAAGGCUAAGCGUUGGUUUUGGGUGUCUAGCAGAUUUUGAACUGAGGAAUGUUAUUCUUGCUUUUGUACAAAGAGCAAACAAAAUUAAGGGAGAAUAUGUUCACUGCAGAACGUUGAUUCUGUUUGGAGGAUGCAGCUUUUCUGACCAUAAGCAUACUUUU